CAGAGAGGUUGGGAGACCCGCGGGCACCCGUGCUUCCCGCCCUUAGGUCUGUCGUCUCGGACUCUGGCUGCUGGAACCCCCCAUUUCUAGCAGGUCGUAUGGCCGAGUCCCCAGGGGCGCUGCAGGCCGCGCCGGGGCUGGGCGCGGAAUCGGAAGCCCCGGACGUUAGCCAAGCGGAGGGCGUCCCGCCCCCAAGCUCAGAAAACGGCGACCCCGCGGAGAACAGCCACUUGGAGCUGAUUUUUGAGCACUUGGGGCACUUCGGCAGAUUCCAGAUAUUCCUCUAUUUGUUGUGUGCCAUCGAGACCUUGUCUUGUGGAAUCCACUACUUGGCUUCUGUGUACCUGAUAGUCACCCCCAGACAUAUCUGCAGGCCCCCAGGGAACAUGAGUCAAGUUCUUUUCUACAAUAUCUCUAACAGGUGUCUGGAUGACAUCUGGACGCAGUUAGCCAAAAGCAAACCACACCACAUCACGGUGCAACUCCAGGACGGUGAGGUCUGGGAGCUCUUAAAAUGUGAAAGGCUCCGGAGGGAAGACAAGAAUUUGAGUUUGAACUAUGAUUAUCAUGGCCUUAAGAGUAGGUUUUCUUGCACAGAUGGUUACGUCUAUGACAAGACCCUCUGGGAUAGCACUGUGGUGACCCAGUGGAAUCUGGUCUGCAACCAAAAAUGGUUUGCAAAGGCUGUCCAGUCAGUAUUUAUGUCUGGAGUCCUGCUGGGAGGGGUGAUUUUCGGCUACCUUUCUGACAGGAUUGGAAGACGGUUUGUCCUGUGGUCCACAAGCGUAUGCAUACUUCUGCUUAGCAUAUCAUCUGCAUUAGCAGUUAAUUAUUACACCUUCCUGCUCUCACACUUUCUUCUUGCUAUAGUUGCAAGUGGCUAUAUCGUGGCAAUGUUUGUCUACGUGAUGGAAUUUAUUGGCAGGAAAUAUCGGACAUGGGCCGCCAUUCAAAUGCAUUCCUUUUUUGCGACUGGAACCUUGCUUGUGCCUUUGGUGGGCUACUUGACCAGGUCCUGGCGGGUCUAUCUGUUGGUGCUCUCCUCUCUGUCUGUCCCCUUUAUCCUGUGCUGCUGGGUGCUCCCAGAGACACCUUUUUGGCUUCUGUCAGCGGGAAAAUAUGAGGAAGCACAAAAAGUAGUUGAUAGAAUGGCCAAGUGUAAUAGAAAAACCUCCUGUAAUCUCUCAGAGCUUUUACUCCUGGAUCCGAAUGUUCCUGUUGGGAUUAAGCCCAGUAAAACUGAGAAGCACAAACUGUUUGAACUGUUUCAUAACUGCAAUAUUGCAAGAAGGACGCUUAUUGUUUGGCUGACUUGGUUCGCAUCAUGUGUGGGAUUCUACACCUUAUCCUGGAAUGCUAUUUACUUAGCAGGCAAUGAAUAUUUAAACUUCUUCCUCUUGGGUGUAGUGGAAAUUCCUGCCUACCUCUUUGUGUGUGUGGCGAUGGACAAUUUUGGGAGAAGAAACAGUCUGAUCAUCCUCCUUAUCUUAAGUGGGCUGCUCUGUGGUGUGAUUAUGAUGAUUCCUGUGGAUCCCUGGUAUUGGAGUGUGAUGGUAACUAUGGGUGAAAAAUUCGCCAUAGGGGCAGCAUUUGGGCUCAUUUACCUUUAUACGGCAGAGCUGUAUCCAACAGUCAUAAGGUCUCUGGCCGUGGGAAGUGGCAGCAUGGUGAGCCGCAUAGGGGCCAUCUUCUCCCCAGCUUUGGUGCAGCUCACCGACGUAUGGAAAUACUUGCCACAGUUGGUAUGUGGAAUUUUGGCCUUAGUGAGCGGAUUGCUAACAAUAAGUCUUCCAGAAACCCGCGGAAAGCCUCUGACAACUACUUGGGAGGAGACCAUCAACCAGAAUGAAAGAAAAGAUAUCAGUUCAAGAAAAUUAUUUCCCACACCCGAUUAUUUUAAGUUUUCAGAUCAUCCAGGAAACUGACUUUAAGUACUGAACCAAUCUGUUGCCAGUGUCAGAAAUAAAAGAAUACCAUUUAAUAAGUUCUUGAA